CAAAGAAUUCAUACGGGGGAGAAGCCAUACCAGUGCUUGCAAUGCGGAAAGAGCUUCAGUCAGAGCAACAAUCUUGCUUCACAUCAAAGGAUCCAUACAGGGGAGAAACUGUAUCAGUGCUUGGAAUGUGGAAAAACCUUCAGUCACAGCCACCAUCUCCUUUCCCAUCAAAGAAUCCAUACAGGGGAGAAACCAUAUCCUUGCUUGGAAUGUGGGAGACGCUUUAGUGACAGGGCCAAUCUCACUUCGCAUCGAAGAAUUCAUACAGAGGAGAAACUGUAUCAGUGCUUGGAAUGUGGAAACAGCUUCAGUCGCAAGAGAAGUCUCACUUCACAUGAAAGAACUCACAGUAGGCAGGAACCAUUAAGGUGCAGACAGAGGUUGGGUGAAGACAAAAGGGAUUCCUUCCGAUCUCUUGGAGGCUUCCUGAGAGCCAGGAUGGAUGAGCAAGACUCAGCUGACCCAGAAGCAGGAAGAGUCCAUGCCAUCAACCCCGGGAGCAGUGGGGGAAUCAGGGAAAACCCUGUGCAGAAGCUCCUGGGUGAGGAGGAGGAGGACACCUUCAGCUCAGAUGCGCAGAGCCAGCAGCUCCGGCAGUUCUGCCACCAGGAGGCCAAAGGACCCUCAGAGGGAAAGAUUAUCUUUGCAGAAAUGGACAUGGAUUCCUCUGAGGCAGAGAAGACUCGGUUGGUCAGGAGAGAGAGGCCACUGGAUGAUGAUGAAUCAGAAAUUAUGAACCAGGGAGAAUAUGUCUACACAAUGGAGGAGCAAUGUAAAUAUUUUGAGUGUAGAGAGAACUUCAGUCAAAGCUCCCAUUCCACUUCCCUCCCAAGAAAUUGCUUUGGGAAGAAAUCCUAUGAAUGCUUGGAAUGUGGGAAGAGCUUCACCCAGAAAAAAAGUCUCACUUUCCAUCAAAGAAUUCAUACAGGGGAGAAACCAUAUCAGUGCUUGGAAUGCAGAAAGAGGUUUCGUAAAAGGGCCCAUCUCACAACACAUCAAAGAAUUCAUACAGGGGAGAAACCAUAUCAGUGCUUGGAAUGCAGAAAGAGGUUUCGUAAAAGGGCCCAUCUCACAACACAUCAAAGAAUUCAUACAGGGGAGAAACCAUAUCAGUGUUUGGAAUGUGGGAAGAGCUUCAGUCGGAAGGAUCAUCUCAGUUCCCAUCAAAGAACUCACAGUGGACACAAACCAUAUCAGUGUUUGGAAUGUGGAAAGAGAUUCAGCCAGAAAUCAAUUUUUAAGUCACAUCAAAGAAUUCAUACAGGGGAGAAACCAUAUCAGUGCUUGGAAUGUGGAAAGAGCUUCCGCCAGAGUGCCAAUCUCACAACACAUCAAAGAAUUCAUACAGGGGAGAAGCCCUAUCAGUGCUUGGAAUGUGGAAAGAGCUUCACUCGGAAUUCCCAUCUCAGUUCCCAUCAAAGAACUCACAGCAGAGAGAAACCUUAUCAAUGCUUGGAAUGUGGAAAGAGCUUCAGCCAGAGCACCCACCUCACUUCCCAUCACAGAACUCACAGAAGAGAGGAACAAUAUCAUUUCUCGGGAAAGGAUCUGUUUGCAGAAAGGAGCCAAGAUUCCUAUGAGGCAGAGAAGUCUUUGCUGAACACCAGAGAGAGGCGACUGGGUGACACGAGGAUGCUGGCAAGACUUCCUCAUCCAUCUUCUUAUGCUGGUGGAGGGGAAGCAGCAGCUGUGGAACCAGAUCAGUUCACAGACGAGGAGUGGGCCUUGCUGGAUCCUGACCAGAGAGCUCUGCAUAAGGAAGUCAUGGAGGAGAAUUGUGCGAUCAUGGACUCUCUCAGUGGUGAUGAAUUCCUAAUUAAGAACGAGGGAGACCAUGACAAAAUCCAAAUAGUGGAAAAUCCAUGUAUAUAUUCAGAUUGCUGGGAGAACUUCUUUCAGAGCUCCCAUUCCACUUCCCUUCAAAACAUUCCCGUUGGGAAUAAGCCAUAUCAGUGCUUGGAAUGUGGAAAAAGUUUCGGGCAGCGUGCCCAUCUCAAGGGCCAUCAGAUUAUUCAUACUGGGGAGAAACCAUAUCAGUGCAUGGAAUGUGGGAAAAGAUUCACUCGGAGCACCCACCUCACUUCCCACCAAAGAUUUCAUACAGGAGAGAAACCAUAUCAGUGCUUGCAGUGUGGGAAAAGGUUCAGUCAGAGUGCCAAUCUAACUUCCCACCAAAGAUUUCAUACCGGAGAGAAACCCUUUCAGUGCUUAGAAUGUGGAAAGAAGUUCAGUCGGACAGCCAAUCUCAUUUCCCAUCAAAGAAUUCAUACAGGAGAGAAACCCUAUGAGUGCUUGGAAUGCGGAAAGAGCUUCAAUGCGAGUUCCAGUCUCACGGUCCAUCAAAGAAUUCAUACAGGGGAGAAACCCUAUCAGUGCUUGGAAUGUGGAAAGUGCUUCAGUCACAGGCCUGGUCUCACAGUCCAUCAAAGUGUUCAUACUGGGGAGAAACCUUAUCUCUGCUCAGAAUGUGGAAAGAGCUUCAGUAAGAGGGCCCAUCUCACAUCCCAUGAAAGAAUUCAUACAGGGGAGAAACCGUAUCUCUGCUCAGAAUGUGGAAAGAGCUUCAGUCAGAGUUCCCAUCUCAAGGGUCAUCAAAGAAUUCAUACAGGAAAGAAACUGUAUCGGUGCUUGGAUUGUGGGAAGAGCUUCAGUCAGAGUGCCAAACUCUCUUCCCGCCAAAUAUUUCAUAUUGGGGAAAAACCAUUUCAGUGCUUGGAAUGUGGGAAGGGCUUCAUUGCGGGUUCUAAUCUUAAGGGGGACCACAACCAAAUCCACACAGUGGAGAAGCCAUAUCAAUAUUUGGAGAGUUCAGAGAUGUUCGGUCAGGAGGAUAGUCUCUCUUCACAUCAAAGAAUUCACAGCAGGGAGAAACCCUAUCAGUGCUUGGAAUGUGGAAAGAGCUUCACCCAAAAACUAAGCCUCAUUUCCCAUCAAAUUAUUCACACAGGGGAGGUACCAUAUCAGUGUCUGGAAUGUGGAAAGAGCUUUAAUACAAUCACAAACUUCCGUCGACAUAAAUAUAUUCACAGUGAGGUGAAACCGUAUCCGUGUUUGGAAUGUGGAAAGGGCUUCGGUCGGAAAGAAAGUCUCACUUCCCACCAAAGAAUUCACACAGGGGAGAAACCCUAUCAGUGCUUGAAAUGUGGGAAAAGAUUCAGUCAGAGUGCCCAUCUCACUUCCCAUGAAAGAAUUCAUUCAGGGGAGAAACCCUAUCCGUGUUUGAAAUGCGGAAAGAGGUUCAGUCAGAGAACCCAUCUCAUUUCCCAUCAAAGAACUCACAUCGGGUAGAAUCAUAGAAUUUUAGAGUUGGAAGGGACCCAGUGUUUAUCUGGUCCAAUUCAUCUCUUACCGUCCGAACAUUUUCCCUCAUUUUUAGUUGGAAUUUGCUUUCUUGUAACCUGAAUCCGUUGAUUCGUGUCCUACCCUCCAGAGCAGGAGAAAACAAGUUUUGCUCCGUCUUGUAUGUGAUAGCUUUUUGGAUAUUUGAAGGCACCUAUCAUAUCUUCUCUUUUUCAGUACAUACCCAAAUACCUUUACUGUUCUUCGUCAGGCUUGGUUUCCAGACCCUUGAUCAUCUUGGUCGCCCUCCUCAGAACACAUUCCAACUUGUCAAUAUCCUUCUUAAAUUGUGGUGCCCAGAACUGAACAAAAGAUUCCAGGUGUGGUCUG